CCUACUCCUCGGGUGCUCUCGCGCAAACUGUUCUCCUCUGGGUCCCCUCUGUCCGCUCCCAGCAAUGGUGGCCUGGCGCUCGGCGUUCCUCAUCUGCCUCGCUUUCUCCUUGGACACUCUGGUCCAGAGAGGAUCUGCAGACUUUGAUUUCGAUCUGAGUGAUGCAUUGAAGGAAACUUCCUCAGUAAAGCAGAGAUGGGACCAUGUCACUACCACAACCAAGAGGCCUGGAACGACCAGAGCUCCGGCAAAGCCUGCAGGUGAUGAUUUUGACUUGGCUGAUGCUUUGGGUGAUCGAGAUGAUGGCCGCAGGAAGCCAAGUGCUGGAGGAGGAGAGAGAUGGGACCAUGUCACUACCACAACCAAGAGGCCUGGAACGACCAGAGCUCCGGCAAAGCCUGCAGUUGAUGAUUUUGACUUGGCUGAUGCCUUGGAUGAUCGAAAUGAUCGAGAUGAUGGCCGUAGGAAGCCGAGUGCGGGAGGAGGAGGUUUUUCAGACAAGGAUCUCGAAGACGUAUUAGGGGGUGGUGACUACAAACCCGACAAGGGUAGAGGUGAUGGUCGGUAUGGCAACAAUGACGACUCUGAAGCCGGAAUGUCACCAGAGACUGGCACCAUUGCCGGUGUGGCCAGUGCCCUGGCCAUGGCCUUGAUUGGCGCCGUGACCAGCUAUAUCUCCUACCAGCAGAAGAAGUUCUGUUUCCGCAUCCAGCAGGGUCUCAAUGCAGACUACGUGAAGGGAGAGAACCUGGAAGCUGUUGUGUGUGAAGAACCUCAAGUGAAAUACUUAGAACUGCCACCACAGUCCGCGGAGCCACCGCAGCCCCAGCCGCCUCGGAUCUGAGGGUCCCUUGCAGCAGCCGCUCACAGUGGUCCUGCCACUGAGGACCAAGAUCCUUAUUUCAUUAGGACCUGCACCUGCUGUACUGUUCCUUUGAUAUCAUUGGCUUCUCGUUGUUCUAA